UCGCUAGAGCGCGCCGCACUCGGUAUCCGCGUGCUGCAGCAAUAAAAGGCGGGAAGAAACAUCACGCAAGAUCUGUCGCAUGCUGAAGUGCCAAUCGUCUAGUUAAUUUACGGGUCAACUGCGAUCGCAUGCCCUGCACAUCGCUCGAUUACGCAAUGGCUGAUGAAUUUCCAGACCCGGACGAGGAAUUCGAUCUGAUUCACGAAGCGGACUACGAGGCUCUGCGAGAACUUGAAGCUGAGACCAGACAACUGUCGCAAUCCGGUCCCAGCAGAGUGUCGCAGACAACAAACGAAAACAGACAUCAGGCCAGCGUCGAAACUCUCACCCCCGUCAACUCCAGUACAGUUAUUGACAACAGCGUACCCAGUAGCAGCAAGAAGCGCAGUUACAAAGAACUGUGUGGUAACGACGCACCCAGUAGCAGCAAAAAGCGCAGUUACGAAGAAGUUCUGUGUGGCAGCGAUGCACCUGGUGGCAGUGGGCAGCAUAAUUAUGAGGAUCUGUUCGGUGACAUUUCUGAUCUCCUCCGAACGGACAUCUUAGCUGAUGACUUCGUGGAAGAACCGAGGGAGAAGAAGCUCCGGUGGGAUCAGCCUAAAGAUGUCAUUAAGAAGAUACUAGACGCCAGGCAGUUACUGUACGAGCACAGCGGAGGUGCAGCGAUGAAAACAAAAUGCGCCAACGACAAGAAGAAUUCCAUCUCCCUACGAGUUCCACCAUGGAAUUUUGUGGCGGUCACGAGAUCGUACGACUCUCAGCGUCUGUACGUCAGAGUCAGGAGCGAGCGAAAGGACGUGAAAAAGUCGACGAGGGGUCCAAUCGCCAAUCUGCUGUCCACGUCUUACAGGCAACUGAAAGCGCAGGCCGAAGAAGUCAUGGCGAAGAAGAAGGUGGUGUCGUCGCAGCAGCCGGCGUCAGGUCCGUGCAACGCGAGGCAGCUAGUCAACGACGAGUUGUGGGUCGACAAAUAUCGGCCGCGAUCGUAUCUGGAAUUGCUGUCGGACGAAACGGUGAACAGGCAGUUCUUACACUGGAUGAAGCUUUGGGAUAAAAUAGUGUUCAAUCGGAACAUCAUCAGUAAGUCGCAGAAGAAGACGCAGUCUGCGUUCGGGAAGAAGAGAGACGGCGAGGAGAAAGACAUCGAGGAAGUGGACAGCAAGGGGUAUCCGGUGAAGAGGAUAGCUUUGCUGAGCGGGCCACCAGGAUUGGGGAAAACCACGUUGGCGCACAUAGCCGCCAGGCAUGCCGGCUACAACGUCGUCGAGAUCAACGCGAGUGACGAGAGGAGUCCGGAUACGUUCAGACAGAUUCUUCUCGCGUCGACAGAAAUGAAGGCGGUGAUGGGUGCGGAUCCCCGGCCAAAUUGUUUAGUCUUCGACGAGAUCGAUGGUGCACCGGCUGCAUCUAUCGAGCUCCUGUUAAAAUUCGUUCACGGGAAAUUGUUACCGAAAGCUAAAAAGGGAAAGGGUCAGUCGGAGAAGGCAUCCAAUGGCUGUGCCCGACCUGUAGUGUGCAUUUGCAACGAACCGUACGCUCCGACGUUAAGGGCGUUAAGAGCUGCCGCUGUGGUAAUUCCAGUACCGGAAGUAAGCCCUUUGAGACUGGCCGAACGUCUAAUGGACAUAGCGAGAAAGGAGAAGCUGGAUGUGGAUUUCGGCGAUCUCGUAAAAAUAGCAGAGAGAUCCGGCUGCGACGUUCGAGCCUGCGUAGGAGCCUUACAGUACAUGGGCAGCGCCAAUUUAAAAGAAAAUCUAUCUCUAGGCCUGAAAGAUACUCGCAAAAACCUGUUCGAUUCGUGGAGAAAUAUCCUAAUGAUUCCCGUGAACAAAGGUGGAGUCGUUGCUGUUCCUGAAAGGAUUCAGACUAUAUUGAAGACUGUACAGAAUGGUGAAACGGAAAAGCUGGCGCAAGGAAUAUUUCAUAAUUACCCUGAAAUCUGCGAUCGAAGACUCGAUAACGUAUCCGCGUCUCUCGAAUGGUUUCAAUUCUACGAUUUAAUAACGUCGCUCGUUAUGCACAAGCAGAUCUGGUCGCUCAUGCCCUACACGAAUUUUGGAUUUAUCGCAUGGCACUUGCAUCUCGCACGGGCACAAAAAGCAAAGUUGUCUUAUCCCACCGUUGUUAGUGAAGUAACACAAAGAUCCGCGAAGAACACGGGUAUUGUAACGGCGAUACGAAGAGUGUGCGGACGCGACGCUUUCACCUUGACCACGGACAUCGCUGGUUUCUUACCGGAUCUCCUGGCGCCCAGACUGCGCACGGUUCCCUCUCAUUUGUACUCGUCGAAGGAGAAGGCUGACCUCGCCAGGAUAGUGGAUCUGAUGCUCGAGUUCGGCUUAUCGUUCGUACAGGAGAAGAACCCGCAAGGAGGAUACAUCUACAAUCUAGAUCCCAAUAUUUUGGAAGUUGGCGCUCUUCCCAAUUGCAACGCGCAUCGGUACCUGGCGUACGCGGUGCAGCAGAUAAUCGCGCAAGAAUUGGAGGUCGAGCGUUUGAGGCGCGCCAGUAUCUUGACGGGACUCGGAGGAAGCAAUACGGAAAGCACGGCAAACUCGGGAAAGUCCGAAACCACAGAAAACGCCCGAAAGAAAUCUGUAAAUCCGGAGACUAAUGCGAAAUCUGGGAAAAAGGACGCUGUUAAAGCGUUAAAGGAAGUGAGAUACAAGGACUUUUUCGGGAAUAUCAUUACGAGCGAGAAUGGAAAUGUUCGGAAGCAGGACAAAGCAGCGGAUCGUAUCUCGCCGAAGGGAUACUCCGUGAUGAAGAGCAUCUUGACAAAACACGGAACAUGGUACAAGUACAAAGAGGGCUGCAACAAUGCUGUUCGUCGAAAUGUAUUGAUGCAGAAGCUUUUAUAGAUCAAUAUUGAAUUACAAGGAUUGCACGAGUAUCAGAACUCUGCUUUCAUUUCAAAAUUGUAUAUAGCUAAGUCUACAUUUUAUUCUUUUACUUUUACAAUAUAUAUUAUCAACUUUUGCAAUAUAAUAAAUAUUUUACAAUAUUUAUUCUUUUACAAAUGAAUAUUCUCUUUAUGAUGCAAACACUCGACUGAUAAAUAAUCAUUUCAUGCUCACACAUAUUUUUCUACUUUGCCGGCAAAAUCAAUAGAUAAAUUCACUCCUGGAGACUGCAAUUUUGAGCAUACGUGCAUCUCUGAAAUCGUGACGUGAAGAGUAAAACAAAGCGCAAGAUUAGUUCCUUGAUAUCGCAAAAGGAUUUUUCAUUCUGCGCAAAACCAGUGAAAGGAUCUAUUAAAAAACUCACUCAUUCCAUCGGUAAUACAGACGAAAUUUCGAGUCCGAAAAUUGUACAAUAUUGUCACUGUUGUGCAUUGCGUGCACGUUUUAUUUAUAACAGCUGUACCAUCGAGAUUGAUUCAAGAUCCGUUAGUGCAAUAAAAGAUCUAAAUCUCGCAUGAUUUACCAACAUCUAGUAAGUGACAGCAAGUGGACGUAAAUAUAAUGAUGCUAUAGCUGAGUAUCGACCGGAGCACCAGCGUUCGGCGCAAAUCAGUUCGCACGGCGAACUGUCACAUGCAGCGUGACUUGCGACGACUGAUUAUAUCGUUUCAUUUGAAUAUCAGCUCCCGCUGAUCAAGUUGCACUGCAUGUGACGCCACUCUGAGACGUUUGAAAUUGUUUGUGAGGGUUCCGAAACGGGUAUAGUAGGUAGCUCCGAUCCUCUGUCUCUGGUAGACACUCUUUCGUGACGGGAAAUGAGCAAAUUGAUUUGAUUUCUGAGAGUCAUAUUUCUUCAUAGCCUUGUACCUUGAUGUAUUUUUAUAGUUAAUUAUAUUUCAUGAUGGAUUAGAUUAAGUGUUAUUAAGAGUUUUUAAAUUCAUCACGCUUGCGACAGUUUUGUCCUUUGUCGAGAAUAGGCAUCCCCUCAAUGCAGAUUUAAGUAUUCAAAGAAUUAUUGUUUUAAGCCGGUGAUGCGGUCGGCAAAUUCUCGGUGACUGUGACGUUUAUCUUAUCGAGAAGAUAUAGAUAGUGCGAUUCAUCGAGAAUAGCAAUCUUGGAUAUUCUAUUGGUCUAAUUGGAGAGCAGCAUGGAGACGG